UUAAAUUUCCGACUAAUAAAAUAUAAAAGAUGUCUUAAUUAUUACAAAUUGACAAAUUUAAUUAUUAAUAGUUGCGUUUGUAGAGUAAACGCUACGGCAAAGCAAAAAGGUUUUUUUAUAAGUUGAGGAAAAAGUUGGUGUAAAUGGCGUCGGUUCCGAUAUCUGAAAAAUGUUGUCUUACGGAUUUUCUUCUAAAUACAACUCAGUCUUUUAGCAGUUUAGAUUCAUCACAAAAGAAAACUGUGAUUAAUUUAGGACGCGCUAAGCCUUUCCUCAAUAUUAUCUAUAAGCGCAAAAGCGGCUUUACAAUGCAUUUUUGUAGUUCGUACUACGACAAAUAUAGCUGGCUCACCGGCAGCUGCGUCCGGGAGAAAUUGUUUUGUUUUCCUUGCCUUCUUUUUUCAACCACUCCAAAUGUUUGGACUCAAUCCGGCUUUAAUGAUAUAAAUCACAUUUUUAAUGCUGCCAACAGGCACGCUGUGACCGGAGAACAUAUUAGGAGUUGUCUAGCUCUCUAUGAAUCCGGCGAGCAUAAAACUGUGACUUCUGUAGGUAAUAAUAUAGAGGCAUACAAUAAAAAGGUUGACAAAAAUCGCGAUUUGAUGAAACGUUUUAUAGACACGAUUAUUUUUGUAGGCAAGCAGGAGUUGGCAUUUGGUGGUCAUGGCAAAAGUGGUGAUUCUUACAACCGUGGCAACUAUGUGGAAAGCUUAUCAUAUUUAGCUAUAUAUGACAGUUUAUUAGACUCGCAUUUGGAACAAUGUUCUAGUAGUCAAGAUACAGUUUUUUCCGGGCUAUCAAAUGAUACACAAAAUGAAUUAAUUGAAAAUAUUGCCGAAAUCAUAAGAAUGGAAAUAAAAAAUGAAAUACGCAAAGCUCAGUAUGUUUCCGUCAUAAUAGAUGAGCCUUCAUAUGUUAGUUCUAGGGAGCAAAUAAGCAUAGUGUUUAGAUACUUACAUGCGAAUGAGGUUAAAGAAAGAUUUGUGGGCUUUUUUGAUUUGAGUAUAUCAAGGGAAGCAAGCGCAAUAGCAAGUUUUGCUGAUUUCAUUGCGGAAGAGUACGACUGCAAAAAUAAACUUAUAAGUCAAUCUUACUAUGGACCGACUAUUAUGUCUGCUGAAGAUGAUAAAUUUCAAAUAAAAAAUCCUGAAAUGCAUCAUAUUCCUAUAACUGUUCCUUGUUAUGCUCAUGCACUUUCUUUAGACUUGUCUCGUUCUCUAGAAAACAUAUUAGAGCUUAAAGUCUUCUUCGGAUAUAUAAACUCUAUAGUGCGUUUCUUGAACAAAUCUACGAAAAUCUCUAAAAUGUUUGAACUUUUUAGUGAGCGUUCCAUAACUGAAGUAACUGAAACUGAAUGCCACUUGCACUCGCGAAUAGUUACUGUUGUAUAUAGUCUUAGAUCAGAUAUAAUGCAAACGUUGAAUUUUAUUUUAACAAGUUUUGAAAAUUGGGAUAAUGAAACUAUUUCCCAGGCUGAAUCUUUAUCAAAUACAUUCGAAGACAAGCAUUUUAAUUUUUUAUUGUGUGUAAUAUCCGAAAUCUUUACAAAAACAGACACACUCUUUAAUGAUAGCGAGAAUAGCAAUGUCAGUAUUGAUGCCGGAGCUGUAGAGGAUUUUUUGUCUUGGAUCAAUUUCAAGUUUGUGAAUAAAUUGGAUAAUUUUCUAAAGGAAGUGAACGAUUUGGUUCAUCCAAUUUUUAACCAAAGAAAGUUGCAUGUUGAAAUGAAGUCUAGGAGUCAUUAUAAAAAAUUAUUAAUUAAUAUUAAGGAGAAUAUAAUGUGCCAAAUUAAAUAUAGGUAUAAGUCUUUCAAUAAACUGAGUUUUUUAAAUUUAAUGAACAAAGACAAAUAUGAUUCGUUCAGCAAAUUAUUUCCAGAGGAAUUACUUAAUGAUCUCGUCUCUAAUUUCAAAGGAGUUUUUCAUUUUUCUGCUUUAAAAAAUGAAUUAAACAUUUUGUAUACAACUGCGAGUUUAAAAGAAAAGCAAGACAUAUAUGACAUAUAUCUUCACAUAAGUAAUGAUGCUAUAAAAGAUAUAUUCCCUCAAUUAUUAAAGUUAUGUACUAUAUUUUUGACCUUACCCAUUCCAAUUGCCUCUAUAGAAAAAUCUUGCUCAGCGCUUGAAAGGAUUAGGACUUAUUUGCGAAACUCUCAAUCAAAAAGUAGAUUACCCACUUCAUCGCUUAUUUCAAUAGAAAAUAAAUUACUUUUAAAUAUUAGAAAUAAGCCUUCCUUUUAUAAUGACGUUUUGUCGGAGUUUUUAAAAAUGGAUCACAGAAUAGCGCUGGAAUAUAAAUAGGAGUUUUUCUUUUAGAUUUUUUUUUUAAAUUAAACUAAACCAAAGCUAUAAAACCAACAAUUGACUCAACAUUUAUAGACUAAUCUAAUUGCUAGAAAAAUAAUAUAAGUAAUAUAAUAUAAUUAAUCUCCUACGCAACUAUGUUGGGAAUUCUAAAGUAGUAUGUGCUGAGUCUUUCAGGAAAACACUAUGAACGUUACUAUGUCAACCAAAGAAUACUAACAAACAUUAUAUAAAAUUUUUGGAUCCGCAUGAUUUGUAAAAGAUAAUGCCGUUUACAAAAAAUAAAUUUACGCUAAUGAUGUUGGAUGAAGUUAUAUUUUUAAAUAAACCUUGGAAACUUGACUGAACAAAGGCAAAGAUCGAACACAUCAAACUAAAUUUAUUAUAUAGUAGGAUAAGGGUAAUGUCCCUUUUAUAAAAGCCAAAAUCAACAUGGCUUCUUUAUGAUAUGUGUUGAACACUUGAAGACUAUGGAAACGUAAUCGAAAUAAAUGUGGAAUCUACAAUCUCUUGUUAUAAACCCAGAAUGCAGAAUGCGUAUUACUUUGCUGUUAUAUUUUAGGAAUUACAAUAAUUUGUAUAAACUAAAUUUUACUGCUAUUAUGUUGAAGCUAUUUGAACCAGUGCACUUGAGCAC